AUGUUCUGGAAGGUUUUAAGUUCGGAGAAAGGGGUUCCGGUGGCGAUCCCGCCGGUGUCUGAUGGACCCCAUGGAGAGCUUGCCUCAUGGCUGCUGGGAUGGUUUGCUGAUGCCGGCGACCAGGAGCGGGAGUUAAUGGUUCAGGCUGCGUAUGGUCUUUGGCUCGCAAGGAACGAAGCGAGGGAUGGAAAAAAGAUUGCGGAUCCCAGGGUGGUUGCAGAGAAUGUUUAUCAGCAUAUCAUAGAAUGGACCGCCAUUCAUGCAAAGCAACCGAGGUGCUCCUCUGCAGCACCGGCUGUAAGAUGGAGUCCGCCGGAGCAAGGGUGGCUCAAGGCAAACUCAGACGGAGCUUUGUCUAAGCUGCAGGAUCGUGGAGGUGGAGGAGUGGUUCUUCGAGACCAUGUCGGAGCGUUUAGAGGGGGCGCCUGCUACGUAUUCCGGGAUGUGUCUGAUCCCGAGGUGGCCGAGAUACUUGCUUGCCGCAAGGCGUUGCAGCUGGCGAUCCAUGCUGGAGCUACCAGGGUGCACGUUGAAGUCGACAGCAAGGGAGUGGCGGCCAUGUUGAAUGACCAGGCAAAAAACUUAAGUGUGACUGGCCCGAUCGUUGAAGAAAUCAAGAUGCUGGGAAGGACUCUUGAACGUUUUAAAGCUUCCUGGGUGUAG